CAAGUCCCUGACCUCAGGAGGACGAAGGGGACCGGUCAGAAGCUCCUGAGCCCAGAGCAUCUCCUACUCCGCCCCCUCAGGAUCGUUUAAAAGGCGGGGCUUGGUGGCGAGCCAGCGGGCCCGGCAAAAGGCUAGGGACGUUAGUUACUCUGUGGGCAGAGAACCAGUCCGAGCUCCAUCAGCUGCCUCACCGCGGAGCCCCGAGCUUCAGCAAAGAUGAGCGGCAGAGUCGGCGACCUGAGCCCCAAGCAGAAGGAAGCUCUGGCCAAGUUUCGGGAGAAUGUCCAGGAUGUGCUGCCCACCCUGCCGAAUCCAGAUGACCAUUUUCUCCUGCGCUGGCUCCGAGCAAGAAGCUUCGACUUGCAGAAGUCCGAGGCCAUGCUCCGGAAGCAUGUGGAGUUCCGAAAGCAGAAGGACAUUGACAACGUCUUGAGCUGGCAGCCUCCAGAGGUGGUCCAACAGUAUCUGUCAGGGGGCAUGUGUGGCUAUGACAUGGAGGGCUCUCCCAUCUGGUACGAUAUCAUUGGACCUCUGGAUGCCAGGGGUCUGCUCCUCUCAGCCACCAAACAGGAUUUGCUGAAGACCAAGAUGCGGGACUGCGAGCUGCUUCUGCAGGAGUGUAAGCGCCAGUCUGAAAAGAUGGGGAAGAAGGUGGAGACCGUCACCAUGAUUUACGACUGCGAGGGGCUUGGCCUCAAGCAUCUCUGGAAGCCGGCUGUGGAGACCUAUGGAGAGUUUCUCUGCAUGGUUGAGGAUAAUUAUCCUGAAACACUGAAGCGUGUUUUUAUUAUUAAAGCCCCCAAGGUGUUUCCUGUGGCCUUUAACCUGAUCAAACAUUUCCUGAGUGAGGACACUCGUAAGAAGAUCAUGGUCCUGGGGGCAAACUGGAAGGAGGUUUUAUUGAAAUAUAUCAGCCCUGACCAGGUGCCUGUGGAGUAUGGGGGCACCAUGACUGAUCCUGAUGGAAACCCCAAGUGCAAAUCCAAGAUUAACUAUGGGGGUGACAUCCCCAAGAAGUAUUAUGUGCGAGACCAGGUGAAACAGCAGUAUGAGCACAAUGUGCAGAUUUCCCGUGGCUCCUCCCAUCAAGUGGAGUAUGAGAUCCUCUUCCCUGGCUGCGUCCUAAGGUGGCAGUUCAUGUCGGAAGGCUCAGACAUCGGUUUUGGAAUUUUCCUGAAGACCAAGAUGGGGGAGCGGCAGAAGGCAGGGGAGAUGACAGAGGUGCUGCCCAACCAGAGGUACAAUGCCCACCUGGUGCCUGAGGAUGGGACCCUCACCUGCAGCAAUCCUGGCAUCUAUGUCUUGCGGUUUGACAACACCUACAGCUUCAUUCAUGCCAAGAAGGUCAGUUUCACUGUGGAGGUCCUGCUUCCAGAUAAAGCUUCAGAAGAGAAGAUAAAACAGCUGGGGGCUGUCACCCCAAAGUAAUGCCUCCUCCCACAGUAGGUCUGGC